AUGUUGGCCAAAUCACAAUUCGGCCUGUUGAGGUCAUAUAACGUUCCCUCCCUCAUACAAUCCCAAAUCACACGAUGCUUCUCCACCACAUCCCCAGCCCUGGACUGGCUCACGCCCAAAUUCGCCGAGAAAUCCAAAUCCCCCAAGGGCCGUCCCAAGAUGCAUACAGGUGGUUCCAUGCGCGGCACAACCGUUGUGCAUGGCGACUACGGUCUACGAAUGAAAGACCACGAUCGCCGUGUCGCAGCCUCCUCCCUCAAAAUCGGCGAAGAAACAAUCCGAAGACGACUACGAGGAAUGAAUUACACAUUGUACAAGCGCGUUAGUGCAAAUAUCGGUGUGUACACUUCGGGUAACGAAAUGCGUAUGGGUAAGGGAAAGGGUAAAUUUGAUUAUUGGGCGGCGAGGAUUCCGGUUAGUAGGAUUGUGUUUGAGAUUAAGGGAGAUAUUCAUGAGAAGAUUGCGAGGGAGGCGUUUCGGUUGGCGGCACAUAAAUUACCUGGAAUGUGGGAAUUCGUCAAGAAAGGCGAUCCACCAGUCGUUGGAGUCACAAAAUUGGGCAAUGGAGUCACGUUGGACAGUCUUAAAAGGCCACGACGAGAAGUUCCUCUGGAAGUGAAGAAAAGCACCAAUCCACCCGAGACAGCAUCCACCAGCACAUCGCCGACUCAAUAA